AUGGCGUCUGCUGAUCUGAGACAGGAGCUGGACUGUUCUAUCUGCCUGAGCAUUUAUACUGACCCUGUAACCCUGAGAUGUGGCCACAACUUCUGCCGGGUCUGUAUUGAUCGUGUGCUGGAUACACAGGAGGGGGCUGGAGUAUAUACCUGUCCUGACUGCAGAGCAGAGAGUCAGGAGCGUCCUGCACUGCAGAGGAACAUAACGCUGUGUAACAUAGUGGGGAGUUUCCUGUCUACUCGGCCUGAUCAGGAGGAGACUGGGAUCCUCUGCACUUACUGUAUUCACUCUCCUGUACCUGCUGCUAAAUCCUGUCUGCAUUGUGAGGCUUCUCUGUGUGAUAAUCACCUGAGAGUACACAGCAAGUCACCAGAGCACGUCUUAUGUGACCCCACCACUGCCCUGGGGAACAGGAAAUGCUCCGUCCAUAAGAAGAUCCUGGAGUAUUACUGCACUGAGGACUCUGUCUGUAUCUGUGGGUCCUGCAGGCUGGAUGGAGAACACCGGGGACACCUGGUGGAGAUGCUGGAUGAGGCCUCUGAGAAGAAGAAGGAGAAGCUGAGGAAUGUUCUGCAGAAACUGACCACAAAGAGAGCGGAGACUGAGAAAAGAGUGCAGAGUCUGCAGGAGUGCAGGAAAGAAGAUCAGAGAAAAGCAGAUGGUGUAAUAGAGACAGUGACUGCCCUGUUUAGAGACAUCAGGAGACAGCUGGAAGACCUGGAGAAGAGAGUCCUGAGUGAGAUCUCCAGGCAGGAACAGCGCGUUUCACUCUCAGUCUCUGAUCUGAUCCAGCAGCUGGAAAUAAAGAAGGACGAGCUGUCCGGGAAGAUGCGUCACAUUGAGGAGCUGUGUAACAUGGGUGACCCAGUGACUGUCUUACAGGAACCAGACACAGGGGACUUGUGUGAUACUGAGGACACAGAGAGACAUGAUACCCAGGUCCGUGGUGCAGGAGAUCUGGAUGUGGGUCUCAUCUCAGGGACAUUACACACAUUAUCUGAUAUAAUAACAGGUAUAAAUACAGGGAUCUAUGUGCAGGGACCUGCAGACAUAUUACUGGAUGUAACCACAGCUGGUGAUUAUAUACAGAUAUCAGGUGACAGGAAAACUGCAUCCUGGACACCAAGUCAGAAUCACCCAGUAACACCAGAGAGAUUUCAGUGGUAUCAGGUAAUAAGCACCAGGAGAUUCUCCUCAGGGCGACAUUACUGGGAGGUGGAUGUCAGUAAGUCAGUGGUGUGGAUGGUGGGGAUGUGUUAUCCCAGUAUAGACAGGAGAGGGAGUCAGUCAUACAUUGGAUAUAAUAACAAGUCCUGGUGUUUGGAAAGGUGUAAUAAUCAGUACUUAGUGUUACAUGACAGUAAGUGGAUCUCAAUACCUGACAAUACCCCCUGUGACAGAGUGAGGGUGUAUCUGGAUUAUGGGGCAGGACAGAUGUCCUUUUAUUCUCUGUGUGACCCCAUCAGACACUUACACACCUACACUGCCGCCCUCACUGAGCCCCUCCAUGCUGCUUUCCUUGUAUGGGAUGGAUGUAUAACUAUAUGUGGGGGAGUCAGGAGCCGGGAGAAAUUACCAUAAGAAAUCUACCCAGAUACUGGUGACAUCACAGGGAGAGAAAUCUGACAGGUGAAAGAUUCUGAGUGGGUGGAUCUACAGGUACAUCUGAGCCCCUGUGUAACAAGAUGACCAGUGUGUCUUCGGGAUGGCCAUCGUGUGUUCACCAUCGAUGGUUGCCAUUGAUGGUGAAACUCUGAGUGGCCAUUGAUGGCCAUCAACUAUGCUAUGGGAGACCAUCGAUGGUUUCACUCAUCGAUGGUCAUUCCUGUUAUUUCAGUGAAUGAUCCACGGGCUAAUCACAGCCUAGGGCAGGGCUUCACGGGUGUUGGGGGCGGAGCUAUGCUCCGAGUCCUGGCAUUUGUUUACGCUAUGACAUUGAUGGAGGGAAACUAUCUGGUUCUCUCCCAUCGAUUGGCAAAAGAAUUCGACAUCGGCCAUAAACUAUCGAUGAUUAGGAAUCAUUGAUGGUCGAUGGCCAUACCUAGUGUGUCUGAAAUGUGUUCCCAUGUUGGUAGGGAUGGCAUCAGUGGGUUUCCUAUUGUACGCUCCCAGGUGCAGUACAGCUACAUGUCUAUUGUACACUACCAGGUGCAGUACAGCUUGUACACAUGUCUAUUGUAUACUACCAGGUGCAGUACAGCUUGUACACAUGUCUAUUGUACACUCCCAGGUGCAGUACAGCUUGUACACAUGUCUAUUGUACACUCCCAGGUGCAGUACAGCUUGUACACAUGUCUAUUGUACACUACCAGGUGCUGUACAGCUUGUACACAUGUCUAUUGUACACUACCAGGUGCAGUACAGCUUGUAGACACAUCUAUUGUACACUCCGGGUGCAGUACAGCUUGUACACAUGUCUAUUGUACUCUACCAGGUGCAGUACAGCUUGUACACAUGUCUAUUGUACACUCCCAGGUGCAGUACAGCUACAUGUCUAUUGUAUACUCCCAGGUGCAGUACAGCUUGUACACAUGUCUAUUGUACACUCCCAGGUGCAGUACAGCUUGUACACAUGUCUAUUGUACACUACCAGGUGCAGUACAGCUUGUACACACAUCUAUUGUAUACUCCCAGGUGCAGUACAGCUUGUACACACAUCUAUUGUAUACUCCCAGGUGCAGUACAGCUUGUACACAUGUCUAUUGUAUACUCCCAGGUGCAGUACAGCUGUACUCACGUCUAUUGUACACUCCCAGGUGCAGUACAGCUUGUACACAUGUCUAUUAUAUACUCCCAGGUGCAGUACAGCUUGUACACAUGUCUAUUGUACACUCCCAGGUGCAGUACAGCUUGUACACAUGUCUAUUGUAUACUCCCAGGUGCAGUACAGCUUGUACACACAUCUAUUGUAUACUCCCAGGUGCAGUACAGCUUGUACACACAUCUAUUGUAUACUCCCAGGUGCAGUACAGCUUGUACACAUGUCUAUUGUAUACUCCCAGGUGCAGUACAGCUGUACUCACGUCUAUUGUACACUCCCAGGUGCAGUACAGCUUGUACACAUGUCUAUUGUAUACUCCCAGGUGCAGUACAGCUUGUACACAUGUCUAUUGUAUACUCCCAGGUGCAGUACAGCUUGUACACACAUCUAUUGUAUACUCCCAGGUGCAGUACAGCUUGUACACACAUCUAUUGUAUACUCCCAGGUGCAGUACAGCUUGUACACAUGUCUAUUGUAUACUCCCAGGUGCAGUACAGCUGUACUCACGUCUAUUGUACACUCCCAGGUGCAGUACAGCUUGUACACAUGUCUAUUGUAUACUCCCAGGUGCAGUACAGCUUGUACACAUGUCUAUUGUAUACUCCCAGGUGCAGUACAGCUACAUGUCUAUUGUACACUCCCAGGUGCAGUACAGCUGUACACAUGUCUAUUGUAUACUCCCAGGUGCAGUACAGCUGUACUCACGUCUAUUGUAUACUCCCAGGUGCAGUACAGCUUGUACACACAUCUAUUGUAUACUCCCAGGUGCAGUACAGCUUGUACACAUGUCUAUUGUAUACUCCCAGGUGCAGUACAGCUGUACUCACGUCUAUUGUACACUCCCAGGUGCAGUACAGCUUGUACACAUGUCUAUUGUAUACUCCCAGGUGCAGUACAGCUUGUACACAUGUCUAUUGUAUACUCCCAGGUGCAGUACAGCUACAUGUCUAUUGUACACUCCCAGGUGCAGUACAGCUGUACACAUGUCUAUUGUACACUCCCAGGUGCAGUACAGCUGUACACAUGUCUAUUGUACACUCCUAGGUGCAGUACAGCUGUACACAUGUCUAUUGUACACUCCUAGGUGCAGUACAGCUUGUACACACGUCUAUUGUAUACUCCCAGGUUCAGUACAGCUUGUACACACGUCUAUUGUAUACUACCAGGUGCAGUACAGCUACAUGUCUAUUGUAUACUCCCAGGUGCAGUACAGCUUGUACACAUGUCUAUUGUACACUCCCAGGUGCAGUGCAGCUUGUACACAUGUCUAUUGUAUACUCCCAGGUGCAGUACAGCUUGUGCACACGUCUAUUGUACACUCCCAGGUGCAGCUGUACACAUGUCAGAAUGAAGAUAUGUAUACACAAUAUUGUCUAUUUUUCAUUUACAAGCUUAUUCCUAUAUAAAGAUAUCAGUAAUAAAUCAGUGAUGGAUCCGUUGUACAAUAAAUGAUCUAGAAGUCACUAUUAUUUAUCCUGUAAUUGUGUGUCACUCUCUCAGGCCGGUCUGGGUGCUUGGUGUUUGUGUAUCACUGUUGGGUGUCAGAUACAUAUAAGUCACACAAUAAAGGUGCUGUUUAGUAUUGGCAGUAUACCAUAGAGCUGGUACUUAUACCAUCCUGUACCCUCACCUCUCUGCCCCACAGUCACCCACACAUGGUUUCCCAUUGCAGGAGUCACAGUAACCUGUGUACAGGGUACCAUCUGCUUUAUAUGGGCCCAAUGUGCCCCAGUUCCCCACAUCUGGGGGCAUAGCCUGACUAGGGUAAUACAGAAUCUCAUAUAGCUCAGUUAUUACUACCACUAAGAAUGAGGAUGGCGGGGGAUGUACAAUUGUGCAGAAUGUCCUGUUAUACAAAAGUAACAAUGACUGCCACACAGACCUGAGGUUAUGAGUUCCCUUCCUGACCUGAUCACUCUCUGUGUGGAGUUUGUAUUUUCUUUGUGUGUUUCCUCCCACACUCCAUACACAUACUGGUAGGGUAAUUGGGAUGUGACACAGUGUGUAUGUGUGGACAUGUAAUAGGGAAUAUAGACUGUAAUCUCCACCGGGCGGGAACUGACAUAAGUGACUGAAAUAUGCUGUGUACAGCG